AUGCGGUGAAUUUGUGUUACAGGGAAAUCUGCCAAGACAAGACGGGAUACUGGGAGGAAGACGGGAAACAAAAACAGCAGACGGAUGGUUCCCCGGGCUGUCAUAGUUGUUUUUAUCCCAUAGACUGGGACUUAGAGCAAUAAUCCACGCUGCAGUUCCACAAUAUAGGGGCGUAGCACAGGUAGACUAGAGUCCCAGAGAUGACAACAGAGACGAUAACUAGUCCCACCCACGUGGUGCUGGAUGGACCGACCCACCCCAGCGGCAGGUACAAGAAGUACCCGCGUAAGGUGAUCGUGGCCACGGGGCUGACGCAGAUUGUGGUGGGACUGCUGUGCAUCGUCCUGGGCAUCUCAGCGAUCGUGGUGCGAGCCAUCGGGUACUUCGCGGGCGUUCCUAUCUGGACUGGAGCAGUGUUUCUUGUGGCUGGAAUUUUGGGGAUCCGUGCAGGACAGCAGAAGACAGGAUGUUUGAUCAUUGGCCACAUGGUGAUGUCCAUCAUUGCGGCGGUGUUCACGGUUGUGGUGCUGGCCAGCGCCUCGUCAGGCCUGGCCCAGGAGCACUACAUCUCCAACAUCCACGACUACAUGACCGGCUGCUACGAGCAGUACGACAGCGUGUGCAAGUGUUACCGCAUCCCGCCGGAGAAACAGCUAGAGUGUGAUAGACUUGUGAAGGGCAGAUUGUCGAUCCACGGUAUCCUGGUGAUCCUGGCUAUCCUGGAGGCGAUCAUCGCCAUUCUCGCCGCCUCCCUGUCCUGUCGAGCCGUCUGUACCUGCUGCACCAACCAGCCCCAGCCAACAGUUGUGUACCAGGUCGCUCCUAAUGGCCAACAGGUCCCAGGUCAGGUGCAUUUCCUCCCCGCUGGCCAACCCAUCACCAUGGUAACCAUCUCCCCCAGCCAAUCAGUGGCCGCCACCGCUCCCUCCCAGCCAAUGGCGGUGCCCACCGCCCCCAGCCACCCCGGCGGAAUGGUGGGCACGUCAGCCCCGGCCGUGGUGGGGUUGUCGACAGGACAGCAGCCCAGUGUGGUGGUGUACCCCAUGGCAUCUGGGCAGGGCUACAUCCAGCCUAUGGCUGCCUCAGCCCCCACCCCUGUGCCUGUGACCAGCGUGCCCCCACCACCCACCAAUAAGGCAGCUUCUGCCCCACCAUCCAAACCUGCCAAGAAAAAGGUAAAGGAGACGAAGCCAGAAGACAAAGGCUCCCCUUCUCCCGAGCGCUCUCCCCCGCCGAGCUACUCGGAACAGCCCACUGAUUUCACCAACCCCGCUUACCAUGAGGACGAUGAUGCACCCCUCAUCUCCUAAGUCCAGGGAUGAGAAUGGAUAUAACACCUUUCUGUUUUUGAUUGUGUUACUACCUGCACAUGUCGGAUAUUCCUUAAAACUUACCCUCUCUAUGUUUGAGUUCUGUGUACUGCUGGCUCUACGGCUAGCAUUUUUAUAUCCUUUUCAUACCGGGGGUACAAGUGAACGUUGAAAAAGUGGAACUACCAGAAUAUGUGAUUCUGAUGUAUGAAUGUAAGAAACAGUGAAACAAUUUGAACAUGGCUUUUGUUGGCAGAUGUGGAAAGUUUCUUUGUACAUACUACUUUGUGAACUUGUGUGAACAUGUUAUCACGAAUGUGGUUCCUACAAAUGUAUACUUAAAUGUAAGAAGAAGUUGUGGAACAAUUUGAACAUUGAGUUUUAUUCUGAUGUGGAAAGUUUUUUGUAGAUACCUCUUUUGUAUAUACAUGUAUACAGUUUGAUUUCUUUUUUGCAUCUUUGAUUCUAUUUUUGUGAUGAACAGUUUUAUUACAGAUGUGGAGAGAAUCUUGAAUGUUAAUCUGUAUUUGUUGCUACUGUAUUAUAUUAUACAUGCAUGAUUUUUAUCUUAGUAUUUGAUAUUACAUGGGAUUUAUCACGUUUUAUACAAUAUUUGAUAUCUGAAUUUGGUGAAGUUAGAAAUAGAGUGCUAAACAAGGAAUUCUACACAAUCUUUUUUAUUUUCUAUAAUCAUGGUAAGAUAUGUCACUGACAAUGCUAUUGCUUUUAUUUUUUUAUAUUAAUAUACAUAUUCAGGAGUAUUUAAAAGUCAUUGAAAAUAACUAGAACACAUAAGCCGCUCAAAAUACAUAACUACGUGUCAGAAACGAAGCAUCAAACAUAAAACUGAGCCAACAGAUUGCCAAUACAAAUACAUGCACAGAAAGGAGUCCAACAUUCAACUUAGAUAAAGCAACUUGAUGUGUAAAUACGUAACUCGACAACAUUGACUAAGAUGAUUCAGACAAUUACAACAUUGCUGGCUAAACUACUAACACCAAUCUUCUGCUACCGUUGGACUCAAAAUAGGUAUUUUUAAUGCAAGUACUUUCUUGUCUGUAUUUUAAAUGUGUAUCUACAGUAUUAGAUAUCAGCUUCUCAAAUGUUCUCUGAUAUAUGUAAGCGGUUACGUGUAGAAAAUAUAUUGUACAGGUUAAGAUUAUUAUAAGGUAUUGUGUACACGUAUAUACCAUAGUGACAACCCUAGUGGCCUAGAAGACAAAAGGUUCACUAACGUAAUGAUACAACCUGCAUUGUUAUAAUUACAACGUGCCAUUCACCGAUGGCAUUCACUGCAAUCCUGCACUACGACUUAAAGUCAAUGCAAUUGAUAUUAAAAGAAUCAUCC